UGGCUGCCCGGUUUGGAGCUCAGAUGCAGAGCAAAGUGAAGAGGAACAACACAAAUGACCAACUGUUGGCAAAGCGUGUUCGCUGUGAGGAUGCUGCUGUUGCUGUUUGGAGCUGCGUUGCUGUCUCGAGCAGCCGCCUUCUACCUGCCGGGUCUGGCGCCCGUCAGCUUCUGUGAGCCCGGGAACGACAAAGUUCCAGACUGCAAGUCAACUAUUGAGCUGUUUGUGAACAGGCUUGAUUCAGUGGAAUCGGUGCUGCCUUAUGAAUAUACUGCGUUUGACUUCUGCUCAGAGACAACAAUGAAACGUCCAUCAGAGAAUUUAGGCCAGGUUCUUUUGGGGGAGAGGAUUGAGUCUUCACCAUAUAAGUUUGCGUUUACGCCACCUGCUGUGUGCCCGCGGUGUGUACAAGGAUCUAUGAGGACACCCUCAGACCGAGCCAAAACUGGACUUCCUCAGAAAGGAAUUCUCAACUACCAGCAUCACUGGAUUGUGGAUAACAUGCCAGUCACCUGGUAUGAUGUUGAAGAUGGACAGAAGUUCUGUAAUCCUGGGUUCCCAAUAGGCUGUUUUGUUACAGAAGUUGGUCAGCCUAAAGACGCCUGUGUGGUCAAUUCUAACUUUAAUGAAAGGGAUUCUUUUUACAUUUUUAACCACGUGGACAUCACCAUCUAUUACCAUAUUGUGGAGCAUGAACAACUCGGGGCACGAUUGAUUGCUGCCAAGAUUGAACCCAAAAGCUAUGAACACCCUAACGAUCAAAGCCCUGAUUGCUCUGGGGGCCCAAAGUUCCUGAAAAACAAACACACAGGGAUGUUCAAGAUCACUUACACCUACUCUGUUAACUUUGUGGAAGACAAGACUAUUCGCUGGGCAUCUCGAUGGGACUACAUCCUGGAGUCAAUGCCUCACACUAACAUCCAGUGGUUCAGCAUAAUGAACUCCUUGGUUAUUGUGUUGUUCCUGUCUGGAAUGGUGGCCAUGAUCAUGUUGAGGACUCUCCAUAAAGAUAUCGCCAGAUAUAAUCAGAUGGACUCUGUGGAAGAUGCUCAGGAGGAGUUUGGGUGGAAGCUAGUUCAUGGAGAUGUUUUUCGACCUCCCAGGAAGGGGAUGCUGCUAUCAGUUUUCCUCGGCUCUGGAACCCAGAUCUUCAUUAUGACCUUUGUCACACUUUUCUUCGCUUGUCUCGGAUUCCUUUCUCCGGCCAACCGUGGGGCUCUGAUGACAUGUGCUGUUGUCCUGUGGGUCCUUCUGGGAACUCCUGCUGGAUAUGUGGCUGCUCGCCUCUACAAAUCUUUUGGAGGAGAAAAGUGGAAGACCAAUGUUCUGCUGACCGCCUUCCUCUGUCCUGGGGUGGUGUUUGCUGAUUUCUUUGUGAUGAACUUGAUCCUGUGGGGUGAAAGGUCUUCAGCAGCCAUGCCCUUUGGGACCCUAGUAGCCAUAUUGGCUCUUUGGUUCUGUAUCUCAGUGCCGCUUACUUUUAUAGGAGCAUAUUUUGGCUUCAAAAAGGCAGGUAUCGAGCACCCAGUUCGGACCAAUCAGAUUCCACGCCAAAUUCCAGAGCAGUCCUUCUACACAAAGCCUUUCCCUGGGAUCAUCAUGGGAGGGAUCCUGCCUUUUGGAUGUAUAUUUAUUCAGUUGUUCUUCAUCCUGAACUCUAUCUGGUCUCAUCAGAUGUACUACAUGUUUGGCUUCCUUUUCCUUGUCUUCAUCAUCCUUGUGAUCACGUGCUCUGAAGCCACCAUCCUGCUGUGUUACUUUCACCUGUGUGCUGAGGACUACCACUGGCAGUGGCGAUCUUUCCUGACCAGUGGCUUCACUGCCGUCUAUUUCCUGGUUUAUGCAGUUCAUUACUUCUUCUCUAAGCUCCAGAUCACUGGACUGGCCAGCACCAUCCUUUACUUUGGAUACACCAUGAUCAUGGCUCUCAUUUUUUUCUUAUUCACUGGUUCCAUCGGCUUCUUUGCCUGUUUCUGGUUUGUUACAAAGAUCUACAGCGUGGUCAAAGUGGACUGAAAGAGCCAGAAGCAUUUAAGGCCAGGCCCCGUUCCACCGUCAGAGUUCCCCAAACAUUAGAACCUCUGAUGUUCCGUCUCGCUGUGUGCCUCAGAUGUCUGGAUGUGAACGUGUGCAUACGAAGUUUCUAUAUCGACAAAGAAUCUGACUGACAGGGUCCUAACUGUACAAACUUCUCCCAGGAUUCAGAUCAGAGGAAGCUUCAGCUUCAGCCUCCACACGUGGACCCGAGGCUGCUUCAGCUAUCCUGUGAUUUUAGCUUCACGGUCCUGCGCUUCCUGUUUGCAUAGACAAAUAAAGCUGCGAGGGUGUCAGAGUGGUUGUAAUAUUCAUGUUAAAAGUUAAAAUGAAGUAUUUCAACCAAAUUAUGCAUAAGUGAUUAAAAUGUAGGGAGUAUAUCAGCAGUCUGCUGAUUGGAUUCAUAUUCCAGUCCAUGAUCGCUUCACUUCAUAUAUUUCCAUUAUUAUCAGUGUCAGAGAAAACAUUCACAAUGGAUCCUGGAAAACUGCUUUCUUUAAAUAUGUGUGAACUCUAUGAACAUUUGUAUCUACGCACAUUACUGAACAACACUUUGUUUUUCCUACUGCAUCACUAUUUAUAUUUCAUUAAAAAGUUGGACCCAUA